GCCAUCUAUCGGAAGUAAUAUUUCCGCCAUUGUGUUUGUUGAUAUAGAAUUAUAAAUAUGAGCAAGUAAGGCAUUUUAAUGUUUUAGAGUAAUAAUAAUAUCUUAUUUAAAUGUCUAUCUAUACGAUGCAUAUGUCUGUUGGCAAUUGAAUCUUCAGAUUAAGUAACAUUUGAUAAAAAUCCGUUAAAUUCUCAUUUUCGUUAAUGUUCUUUUAUUUCGCUCCUUAAAGCUCCCUUCAACAGUCAAACAGUAGCGUCGAAAUGAAUGCUGAUUCUACUCAACAAAACAAUGAUGACAAUCCUUUGAUCUCAGACAAGCGAAAGGGUGGUUGGCCUAAAGGAAAAAAGAGAAGGAAGGCAAUGCGGGAUACAAACGCGCCAAAACAACCCUUAAAUGGCUAUGUACGGUUUCUAAACGAACGCAGGGAACAAGUCAGGCAAGAAAAUCCAAAUUUGAGUUUCACAGAAGUUACAAAGUUAUUGGGAGCCGAAUGGACCAAGUUGGAUAAGGAUCAAAAGCAAAUGUAUUUAGACGAAGCUAUAAAAGAUAAAGAACGUUUUCAAAAAGAGUGGACAGAAUAUCAAAAAACGGAUGCUUACAAAAAAUUUUUGGAAAUGCAGAAAUCAGAUAAAUCAAAUAACUCUCAAGGGGAUUCAAAAAAUUCAAAAGAACCUGACAACAGGGCUGUUUUAGAUGUUCCUAUUUUUACAGAAGAAUUUUUAGAUUUAAACAAAACUCGAGAAGGGGAAGUUCGACAAUUGAGAAAACUUAACACGGAAAUGGAAGAGCAAGUAUCAGUUCUUCAAACUCAUUCCGAAAACCUUCAAUCUGACGUUGAACGUCUUAAAACUGAAACUGAUCAAGCCAGAGCAUCGAAUAACGCUUUACAACAACACUUAAAUGCCUUAAAGCUGACUCUUGCAACUAAUUUAUCAUCUGUUGUAUUACCAGGAUUUAAUGAAACGUUAACAAUGGAUAACGUUGACAUGUUUAUGGCUAAACUGCAUUCUUUAAUUUUGGAUGCUCCUGAAGAAAAUGAGAGUUUAAUUGCCACUGUUAGAGAUGUUAUUAGUCGGCUUAGUUUUCCUCUUGAGCCACAGUAA